UUUCUGGGGAACUCAAAAAGUUGAAUGGAAAAUGGGCAAAGUUUAUAAAGAAGACACAGUUUGAAAUGCGAUUGCUGAGAAUGCAACAAGAACAAAUUAAGUUGGAAGCUGGCAGUAACAGAGGCGUGGAUUCUCCUACUAAAGCAGCGCCGGAUCAGCCAGCGGAUGACUCAGAGGAGGCUUUGAGUGUGGCCUUUGAGAAUGCGGAGACUCUCCCUAGCCAUCUUCGUACUGGUUUGCCUGCCCUUGAAACCUCUUUAUCUGAACAAGAAGUCAAGCUAAAUUUUGAAGAGGCUCAGAAGGAGCUCGAAGCGUCUGUUUUAAAAGCAAUGCAGCUCCUUGGCCAGAAGAUGAGCUCCGAGGGAGAAGUUUCAAAAUACGAAGAAGCUUUUAGCAUCUUGGAUGCCAAAAUCCUUGGCAAGUUUUUGAAAGCAGCGGAACAAUGGAAAGAUCUCUUGCCUGCUCCUGAAAAGGCAGCAGUGGAAGAAAGGAGCAAAGAUGUUUGUGAGAGAUGGGAGGCGGUUCAUCGUGAGAUUGUAUCAUAUAUCCAGUUAAAAAUGGAAGUUGAAAAAUGGAAAUUGAGUAAGAUUUUUUCAAAGCUCAACAAGCAAUUAAAUAAAGAGAAGAAACUGCUCAACGCUGGGAAAACCAAAGGACUUAUUAAGGAACAUGAGGCCAUCUUUUCGGAGAGUGGUGGCCUUGGCGAACUCAACACCAGCUUGCAGGUCCUGAAAACCCUGAGUGAGAAAAUGGCUGCGGAGAAGUCGCAGCCCAAAACAAAGAUGUCGGUGGUGGAAUAUGAAAGAAAGAAGGAAAAUUUUCUGCGGCGAGUAUCAGCCGUCUACGAGGCUCUGGCAUCUCUGCCUACUGAUGGCCAUUCGUCAAAGAGAGAGUGA